UCAUAUCUUCAUCUCUUGCUAAACUAAGCCUGAGCCUAAGGCCUCCUUUCUCUGCAUCUGUAAAUGUCAAAAGAAAAAUGGCUUCUCCCCAUUCCAUGUCUUCUCUAGCCUCUGAAAUUUGCAAACAGAUAUCCUCCAUAUUCUCCAAACCCAGUCUUCAUCCACCAGUCUUGGACGUCUUAGUGAAAGAGAUAUCCUCCGCCGUGGCCAGAAACGGCCGCGUCUUUCUGUAUGGAGUAGGGCGUGAGGGCUUGAUGCUCAAGGCCCUAUGCAUGCGCCUCUUCCACCUGGGCGUCUCUGCCCACUUCGUCUUCGACAUGACCACGCCACCGAUACACGGUCCAGAGGAUCUUCUCAUUGCCUCCGCGGGUCCGGGAGGAUUCUCCACCGUCGAUGCGCUCUGCUCCAUAGCGAGAUCGAACGGCGCUAGAGUGUUGCUGCUGACAGCUCGGCCGGAGACGGGGUCUUGUGUGAAGCACGCUAGUGUGGUGGGUCACGUGGCGGCGCAGACCAUGGCAGACGAUGAAGAAAGCGAGGCAGUGAAUGAAUCUCGGCCGUUGCUUCUGAUGGGCAGUGCAUAUGAGGGAGCUCUGUUUGUGUUGUUUGAGAUGGCUGUGUACCGUUUGGGUGACGAACUGAAACAGAGUCCCGAGCUCAUUCGAAAUCGCCAUACCAAUCUUGAGUGAUGUGAGAUCAUCGGAUUCGGAUUGGAUUUUAUUUGGCUUUCCUUUUCAACUUCGAUCGGAGUGUUCCAAAAUCUCAUCCUUGUUCUCACAUCCUGGUAUUUGGAAAAUAGUUAUGGUGGUGGGAAGAUUCUUGGCAGCUUGGGAUUGUGUAUUGAGGGAGAAUGAAAUCGGUGGACUGCGCGAACGAUUCGAGGACGAAGUUGUUUAAGUCUUUUAAUUAUGAUUUCUUUGUAUUUCCGCACUUAAUUUUGUAACUAAUUUAUUUAAGAUUUAAGUUAUGUUAUGUUUUAUUUUUAAAACAAUGGGAUCCCAUAUCCUAACCAAAUUUUUAUGUAUUUAACUUUUGCUUUAUAAUUUUUAAUAAAUUUAUCACUAUUUCGUAUGCAA